AUGUUCUGUAUAGUUUCACGUGACCGCUCUGGGGUCAUCAGCCCAAACAAACUCCGCGCCAGAAACAACUUACAAGCUACGCAUCUUAAUCAUGGUGAGUGCACCAAGGGGCUCAUCAAUGAAUCCUUUCUUGUUGGAGUAGAGAGCCCUCACGAGCAUCAGCAGACGGUGCUGCUGUCGCGUAUUAUCACGAAUGUUGAGAAAUUGAACGAGGCUGUCAUGGUGAUGAAUAAGAGCCUGCAGGAAGUCAACAUCCAGAACAUGAAUGUCGAGUUGGUCGCGCAGAUGUUCAAGAACUACCAGUCGAAUCGACGGAGAACCUCAAGGACCCCUCUUAAGGACGGGUUCCAUUAA